ACAGUCGGCUGGUUGUGGUGGAGGGACAAGCCAUGGUCACUGGUGUCUCCGGGGACAUAUUACUGUCGUUCCUGUGCUACUGGGCGGAUUUAAGGGUAACGGGCUUUCGCUCCUUGUGUUUCGGAUGAGGGGGCUCUAGUCUCUGGAGACUCUAGAGACGCGCACCGGAGAGAGACCACCAGUGCCAGGCGCACAGGUGCUCUCCAAGAAAUGGCUCUUAAGCUCUUUCGGGUGCCGCCACGUGUUUCCCUGCUGCUGUCAGUGCUGCGCUUCUGGCUGUUUAUGUCGGCAGGAGCGCUGGAGAUGGUGGACAAAGACGCACCUGAACUCACCUGUAGCGAGGGUUUGACUGACUGCCACAUGAGCUCAGCCUCUCUCUACCCCGUCGAUCCAGAUGAUACAGUCAAUGUUAUACUUUUGCAUCUUAAAGCGAUUCUGUGCUGUUCUGCCACUCGAGAUUGUAUACCUUGCCUGCAAAUCAGCAUCACAGUCCAAGAAGUCAAAAAUGCAAAGCAGACUUCCGAGGAGUCUGGUGAGGAUACAGAUGAAGAGAAUGGCAUAAAUCAAAACACAGAAGGAAGUGGUCAGCUUGUGAUAACUAAGCCAAGAGCUGUGGUGAAAGUAUGUCUCAGCUCCCCAGGCAACUUUGAAAUUUGCAAGGCACUCCGGUUCAAACCUACCUCCUCCGGUUUAGAUCAAGCUUCUCAACAGCCCACACAUAAGCUGGUGUUGACAGAGAAAGUGACGUUCGGUAAUCCUGUUGUGGUUCUUGUCGAUGCACAUUCAAAUGGAGUGCACAAGAAUAUCACAGUCCCAUCUCUAGAAGAAGUUUGCUCCACGGACCGGGAGUGGGCUGUGAAGGAAUGUGAUGCCCCAAGACUUCGAGCUGUUCCUGAUCACAAGAGAAAUGUAGUCCUCCUGCAACUGGAAAACACUGAUACCAGACGCGAAAUCAUGUGCCAGACGGUUUGGAAUGAAAUGCCUGGGGAGUUUCUUGAAUGGCCCAAAGGCAAGAAAGAAAGGGUCAUUUCAUCAAACUUUGUUGCACCCUGCCUGUGCUUCCAGGUGUGGUGGAAGGGAAUGGAACUCCGAAAGGAAUCCUGCCCUUUUAAAAACCAGUCAGAUGCACUGGAAAGAAUGCAGCACAACGUGUCUGUGUCUUUGGCAGAGACAAACAUGAGAGAUGGUGGCACAGGGCUGAGCUGGAAUGUGUCCGCCCCCUGCAGACUGGAGGCAGACGUGUGGCUGUGCAAGAAAGACCUGACAGGGGGCCAGUGUGAGGAGGUGACGGGCUCCAGACAGAGACUGCACAACGAUGCACAGGCUGGCUGGAGUGCAACACGCAGUGGACAUUGGAAAACAGGAGAGUUCAUUGUGUCAUCACAUCCUCAGCUUUGUGUUCAGAUAAAGAUACAUGGGAUGGAGUCAUACUUAGAGCCUCACUGUCCAUUUGCAACCUCGCGAUGGAGAUGGAGCCUGCCACUCUUCAUCGGAUUACUGCUUAUGUUUUUGGCUAUAGUAGGAGCCUAUUUUAUACAAGGGGUCUUAAAAGGCUAUGUGUGGAGAUGGUUGAAAGAAGAUGAUGUUAAAGGUGCUGUGGGUGGUGGUCAUGUGGUGUUGCUGUACCCACCUGAUGACAACCAGGCUUUGCCAGAGCUGAUGAGUCACCUAGGCUCAUCCCUCCAAGCCCUUGGAUUCAGCGUGUCUCUUGACCUGUGGAGCCAGGCCGAGCUCAGUGUGCUGGGCCCUGUGCCUUGGCUCCACUCAAGGCUUAACCGACUACAAAGGCAGGGGGGCAAAGUGGUGCUAGUCCUGACCCAGGCUGCCUGGAUUAGGGCUGAAGAAUGGGGAGCUCGGAGCUGGGAGAGAAACACUCCCAGGGAGAGGAACAGCAAUGUGGAGGAAGAGGAGGCCGGAAGAAGCAAUACUGCCUCUUCUCCCUGUGGGGAUGUUUUUACUGCUUCAUUGAGCUGCAUUCUAGCUGACUAUUUACAGGGCCGUGCUGGUGAGCGGUUUAUGUUGGUGCAGUUUGAAUCACUUCCACCUGAGCCUCCGGGUGGUUUCUGGCCGCUGCCAGAACUUUUCCGUGGCCUUCAUGUGUACAGCCUCCCCUCCCAGAGCCUGGGUUUUCUGACUGAACUGGCUGGGGCUCGGCAAAUGGCUACAGCAUCAGCCAGACGGAAAAGAGCAGGGGGGCUCAGGAUGGCAUCCCGGACUCUGGCUCGAAGGCUGUCAGGGUUCACAGCAGGGACUACUGUAUUACGCCUUACAGGAGUGUCCCAGAGUUGUGUUGGGGUUGAAGUUGAAGACUCUGGGGAAACUGUGCCCUUGAAGCCAUGUCUUGUUACACCUCCCUCCAGCCCUGACACAAGCCCCAGGGUCAGUGAAAUAGAAUGGGUCUGACAGCAGGAGAGGACGACACAUGACCAUGGUUCGGCAGACUAAAACUGGUCUGAACAUCUGGGGUCUAGUGGCUGUUGAACAGUGUUUUAUGUUUCUGGCAGGGGAAACUUUUUCAAAUAAAAGCUGAGUGGUUAUAGCUUGAGCUCUUGCUGCUUCUGAUAAAUAAUUAAAACCUCAAUACUUCUAAAAGUAAAUUCAAGAAAAAAGACCUCAAUUAACACACAGUUUCAUCACAAGGUGGUCAGUGGUGAAUAUAUAUCAAAAACAGCAUGCCUUAGUAGGCUACCUAAAUGCAAAACAAGAAUCUCAAUGAAGCAAAUUGCGGCAUUGUUUUGACACUACAUAGUUUAUUUAAGCCGUUUUUCAGUCUUAAACCAAGUUUGACAUAUUUACUAGUAUUUGACAUCCUGCAUGCACAUAUAUUGUAUAUGACAUCCCUGAGAAACUAAUAUUCUCUUUUAUACAGAAGUAUAUUAAGUUGCUUUGUCCAGGCAUGGUGAGUCCUUUUGUAUACUGUGUUUUCUCUUAAUGUUUACAGUGUGGUUGAAUAAAGAGUUUGUCUGAAUCACAUCAGAUGCUCUCCUGACUACAAAACUGUGUUCUUACUAAUUACAAACAUGGCAGAAGAUGUAUGUAUACAGAGCAACAUCUUUACAUUUGUUUAACAUGGAGAAAUGAAUUCCUGAGAUUCUACCAUCCAUACAUUGUGACACUAUGCAGCAGCAACAGCAGGUAAAAACAAAAAGCAAAAAAUUGUACAUCCUGCU